AGUUUGGCUCUUGGUAACUGGAGGGCGUGCUUAGGGAACAUGACAAAAGCUGAUGCACGUGAAAAGAUCUUAAAGAUUCAUUAUUAUUACUAUUAUUAAAGUUGCACAGUUGUACUUAUCAGAAAACCAAGUUGGUCUGGGUUGGUUUGGUUCAAUUCAAUUUCAAACAAACCUUUUUUUUUUUCCUUUCUCUAUUUGCCGUUUCGUUCACGAAAGUGUAUCUGGGCAAAGCUUUAAAUUUAAUCCCAUCAUCAGCUCAUUUUACUUUUACUCUUUACGAAAAACAAAUAAAGAUAUGAAGAGGCAGAGAAAUGCGGUGGCGGUGGCGGUGGCUGUGGCUGUGUCUGGGGACCCCAUUAAAGACUCUGCAGCUGGGAAUAAGAGAAGGAAGAUAAGAGCUUCUGCUACGGUUGAGAAAGCUGCGAAAGAAGAUGUAGCAGUGACGAAGGAGGAGGAGGCGGAGGUAGUGGUGGCCGAGGCUCCGGCGGUGGCUGUGGUGGUGGAGGAGAGUAGUGGGGUGUUGGGUUGGGAGGAGAAUUGGUGGCCGUGGUUGAGUGGGGUGGUGGACGAGCAGAUGUCUUGGGGAGCCGUUUGGUUGCCGUUUUGGGACGUGGAUGAGUUCAUGGGAGACGAAGCCUCGCCCUCUAGUCAUUCCUUGUUUAGUGAUGUGUUUUGGGAUGAUGACAUUUGGGGCUUAAGGGGUUUUUAAGAGAUAAUAAUACUAACCAUAUAUACAUAUAUAUAUAUAUAUAUGUAUUAUGUAAUGACAUAGUUUAGACUACUUGUUCAAUAAUAUGUAUUAUUGAGCUUUAAUCUCAGUUUCGUGUUCAUGUUUUUCUGUUGUAUAUUAUGUAUGUGUACAUUAGUUUAUCCGACUGAAUCUUCUUCUUAAACUCAGAAUCACAUGAGGUUUGGCUUUCGUUCUUUGUUGUUAUAUAUUUCAAUAUACUCUAAUCAAUUUUACCUUUUUA